UUAAGGAUUGGAGGGAGGGGGCUGGGGGGGGCUGCAGGCUCCACCCCUUGCAGAGAUUAUAAAUAGGUAGGCUGGGCUUCGGGUUCUGUGAUGGUCUUCAAACCUUCUGAGAGCUGCGGACCCGAAGAAAACUUACCGCAGAGGACAUUGGCUGGAUACCUCUAGAUCUACCUUAAGACUUGAGAACUAGAUUGGGACCAUGGGGACAACGAAGGUGACCCCGUCUCUGGUGUUCUCUGUGUCUGUUGCCGCCAUCGGCUCUUUCCAGUUUGGCUACAAUACCGGAGUCAUCAAUGCACCUGAGAUAAUCCUAAGGGACUUUCUUAACUACACUUUGGAAGAGCGACUAGAAACCCUACCAUCCGAGGGGCUGCUGACAACCCUCUGGUCCUUAUGUGUGGCCAUCUUCUCUGUUGGUGGCAUGAUUGGCUCUUUUUCUGUUGGACUGUUUGUCAACCGCUUUGGCAGACGCAACUCUAUGCUUAUAGUCAACUUGCUGGCCAUCGUUGCGGGCUGCCUUAUGGGAUUUGCCAAGAUAGCGGAGUCUGUUGAAAUGCUGAUCCUGGGCCGCUUGCUUAUUGGCAUCUUCUGUGGGCUCUGCACGGGCUUUGUGCCUAUGUACAUUGGCGAGGUGUCUCCCACUGCCCUUCGGGGCGCAUUUGGCACGCUGAACCAGCUGGGCAUCGUUAUUGGGAUUCUGGUGGCUCAGGUCUUUGGUUUGGACUUUAUCCUGGGCUCUGAAGAACUAUGGCCUGGGCUACUGGGCUUAACCGUCAUCCCGGCUCUCCUACAAAGUGCAGCCCUUCCAUUCUGCCCUGAGAGUCCGAGAUUCUUGCUCAUUAACAGAAAGGAGGAAGACCAAGCUACGGAGAUCCUCCAGCGGUUGUGGGGCACCCAGGAUGUGGUCCAUGAGAUCCAGGAGAUGAAAGAGGAGAGUGUCAAGAUGUCACAGGAGAAGCAAGUCACUGUGCUAGAGCUCUUCAGGUCACCUAACUACAUCCAGCCCCUUCUCAUCUCCAUUGUCCUCCAGCUGUCUCAGCAGUUUUCCGGGAUCAAUGCUGUGUUCUAUUACUCAACAGGAAUCUUCAAGGAUGCGGGUGUCCAGGAGCCGAUCUAUGCCACGAUCGGAGCGGGUGUGGUUAACACUAUCUUCACUGUAGUUUCUCUGUUUCUGGUGGAGAAGGCAGGGAGGAGAACGCUGCACAUGAUAGGCCUGGGCGGCAUGGCUGUUUGUUCCGUUUUCAUGACGAUUUCUUUGUUGCUAAAGGAUGACUAUGAAGCCAUGAGCUUUGUCUGUAUUGUGGCUAUCUUGGUCUACGUGGCUUUCUUUGAGAUUGGACCUGGCCCCAUUCCCUGGUUUAUUGUGGCUGAACUCUUCAGCCAGGGGCCCCGCCCAGCUGCCGUUGCAGUGGCUGGCUGUUCUAACUGGACCUCCAACUUUUUGGUUGGAAUGUUCUUCCCCUCGGCUGCAGCCUACUUGGGAGCCUACGUUUUUAUCAUCUUCGCUGCCUUCCUCGUUUUCUUCCUAAUCUUCACCUUCUUCAAAGUCCCGGAGACCAAAGGCAGAACUUUCGAGGAAAUUGCCCGGGCCUUCGAGGGGCAGGCGCAGUCUGGGAAAGCCCCUGCUGGUGUGGAGUUGAACAGCAUGCAGCCUGUCAAGGAGACCCCUGGCAAUGCCUGAGCCGGACCUCCUCCUUCACCUCCCUCCACUGUGGACAGCAACCUCCCCUGAAGUGGGGAGACCUCAUCAAGAUGAACCAGGACUGCUUCUGAGUGCUGCUACUCUCACCCUACACACUCCAUGAAACUCAGCUGCACCCAAUGCUGGGGUUGGUCGGAUUGCCAAUGGCUUUUAAGUGUUUGAUUUGGGGGAUACUUAAAACUUCUCUUGUAAUCAGGAAAGACCAAUUAAGCCUACCUUCAUAUCGGGAGGGAAGGGGCCGCAGCUCCCCUUAGGUUCUAAAACCCGCUCACUAGGACAACUAGGGAGUAGGAGUGGGGUACAGCCCCGCCCCCACCACCACCUUAGCUUACCAGGAAAAAGAUCUUCAUACCCAGUGUGGAGGGCCCUGGGGAUUGAACAAGAGAGCUCUCCUCACUUGAUACAGCUCUGCACAGCAAAGUAACUUGACUUUUAUUUAUUUUAUCUUCAGGUUGAAUUGCAUAAAUACUUAUUUUUUUAAGUGUAAUUUUACCAAAUAAUGAGACAGUAACGAAAUUGAGGUUGGAGGGAGGUGUUUAAAGAGAGAUUCUGGAGGAAAAGUUUGGUGCUGGAGAGAGAGGGUACAACAAGGAGGAGGAUGGAUGUUACUGGUGGCCUGUGAGCUACCUUUGUAGCUGGAGGGAGACUAUCCCUUGUUAUUUCUCAGAAGAACGAGUGCCUGUACUAAAAGACCCUGGCUUUCUGUGGGCCUUUGCUUUUAAGAUUAUAGUUUUUAGGUAGUGUUACUAAAAUCUAGGCUUGUUACUAAAGUGGGCUUUGUAGUUAGUGGUAGUGAUGGAUUUUUGUGUUACAUGAAGUCCAGAAAAGGGAGGGCUCGCUGCAAGCCUCUCCUUUCCCUGGACCAAAACACCCUCUCUGUCCUGUGAACUUGCCUUCUCUUUUCUGUUGGUCACCAGCGAGUAAGCCAUAAGGAUGAGAGACACAAAGAUAGUAGUUCUUGAGAGGCAUUAUUUUUUUUUUCAACUUGGUUUUUUAAGAGAUUUUAUGUGUUGAUUUGUUUUGGUUUAAAGGGAUUCGUAGCUAACUUGGAUUUUGUUACUUCAGCUCUGGGAGAGAAUUUUUGCUGAUUUGACUAUUAAUUACCUGAUUUGAGUGAGUACGUUGUUGCUCUGGAGUCCUGGCAUGCCAGCCUAUGUCUGUUACAGUCUCAGACUGCCCUUGUUUCCGAGUUCUGUGCUAUAUUGUGCUACAUACCCAAGGGGCCUUGACUCCACUACACAUACAAGAGACAAUGUGUGUGAGUGUGCAGUGUGGUCCACACUUGGGGACAUGAAUGUCCGUGCACUGUCACUUUGCUCUGGGCGUGAAAGUCCCUGGUCCCUCGCCCCUGUAGCUUUAUUUUUUGAUUGACUACUGGAACUCACCCCUGUGUACAGAAGCCACACUGCCUCUGCUGGGUGGCAUUUGCACCCAGGAUCAGAAGCCACUCAUUGGGUUCCCUGUCCCUGUUGGAGAGGGGUGCUUCCUUGAAGUCUGAGGAUGGAAGGCUCACUCCAGCUAGGAGGCACAGUGGAAAGGUGUGAGGUUUUGGUAUGUUGAGAGCAUUGCCAAGAUUCCCUCCUGCCAUAGGUCACAGACACCUUCCCAACUGUCCCCUCCUCCACUUCCAUAAAUGGAAACAACCCUGAUGGCCCUUGCCCCUUUUCCAUAGGUCACUGGAUCCCACUAUCCUUCCUCGGUGCUUACACAUUUCAGACCCUUUAGGCAAACCCUUAUGUAGAGCAGUAUCUCAGUACUCAGUUUUAGUGCUCACUCGCCACUCCCUGUGGCCAUUGAGAGUUUGGCUUUAAAAACUCACAUUGCUAUGGAAAGAAAGGGGCUUUGCUGGGAAAGGUGACUCCUCUAACUUAACCUCUUCUGGUUGGCAGUAAUGCUGGGUGGAGUUUUUACAUUUGCCAAUGGCCAGCUUGUGAAUAUCUUCAUAUAUACUUUCUAUUAAUGUUACUGUAGUUUCUGUUUUGAAAUAAAAGAACUUCUGAAUGUA